AUGGUUGAUUCCCUGGUCACACCCCCGUCAUCUUCGACAGUUGGAAUCAAUCAGAUGAUCGGUACAGCACAAACGAAUGAAAGCAGUGAAUUGUGCUAUCUCGAUCCGAAAGUGAUGCAUGCGAUGACAAGAGACACAUCGAAUGCAGUUCGGGCUCGCCAACCUCCUCCACAGGACGUCAUUCUUUUUGUAAUCGGCGGUGGUAAUUACGUCGAAUACCAAAAUCUAGUAGAUUACGGGAAAUCGAAAAAUUUGCUGCGUGUCACAUACGGUUGUACGGAAUUGGUGAAUCCAAAGCAGUUCACGGAUCAGGUAUGUUCAUAUUUGUUCCUUUGA